AUGUUUUGAAAACAAGACGACGGUCACACUGCUGCACCAAUAACAAAGAACUCGGUUUUUCUACAAGUAACGGCCAGUUAAUAGCACUUACUAACUAAACAGACCGAAUAGGGAUCUCGCACAACAUGUCGGCCAGAAGAGCAACUCAUGCAGGCAGCUGGUACACGGACUCAGGUGCCGAGCUCUCCAGGCAGUUGGAUCGUUGGCUGGGUGCCGCGGAUUUGUCCCAUGGACCAGCUCGUGCCAUUAUUGCUCCACAUGCUGGGUAUACGUACUGUGGAGCCUGCGGUGCCUUUGCCUAUCGCCAAGUUAGCCCCGUUGUCGUCAAGCGAAUCUUCAUACUGGGUCCCUCGCACCAUGUGCGACUUCGUGGCUGCGCUUUAUCCGUGGCGAAGAAAUACAGGACACCCCUCUACGAUCUCAAAAUUGAUACUCAGAUCAACGCUGAGCUUGAGAAGACUGGACAGUUUUCUUGGAUGGACAUGAAGACUGACGAGGAUGAACACUCCAUCGAGAUGCAUUUACCUUACAUUGCCAAAGUGAUGGAGGACUACAAGGACCAGUUCACCAUUGUGCCUAUUCUGGUGGGUUCGCUCAAUCCCGAGCAGGAGGCACAGUACGGCAGCCUUCUGUCCUCUUAUUUGAUGGACCCCACCAACCUGUUUGUGAUAUCUUCCGAUUUUUGCCACUGGGGCCAGCGCUUCAGCUACACCUACUAUGACCGCUCUUGCGGAGCAAUUCACAAGUCCAUCGAGAAGCUAGACAAGCAGGGCAUGGAUAUCAUCGAGACGCUCAGUCCGCACUCCUUCACCGAGUACUUGCGCAAGUACAACAACACGAUAUGCGGACGCCAUCCCAUCGGAGUGAUGCUGGGCGCCGUGAAGGCUCUGCAGGAUCAGGGCUACGACAAGAUGAGUUUUAAGUUCCUCAAGUACGACCAGAGCAGCCAGUGUCAGGACAUGGAGGACUCCAGCGUCAGCUACGCCUCGGGAUCCCUCGUGUUCGAGAUGUGAAUGCAUUCAAGUAUUUUAGCCACUCGUCGGCAUCUAAUUCUUGCUAUUUAAGCGUAACGUUUUUAUAUUUACUAGCAUCAAAUUGAAAAUUUAACAAUAAAUCCCAAUUCCCCAAGAAGUUUUAAAUUA